GAAAAACAGCUUAAAAUGCAGGAUAAUUUUGAGACUAUGGUUCGUCGUGGUAGCAAUUUAAUCCAGAACAUCGGUAGCAAACGUCGCGAAUUUGUGUACUUGCUGGAAGACAUGUCUCACGAAAUGGUACGCUCCUUCUUGCGAAUCUUUGGAGUCGAUGGACGUCUGCUCAACUGGUUCUCGGAUACUCGGGCUGCCGUCACUCGAGCUAUUUCCCCACCUCCUUCGCCAACAUUUUCAUCAUCCUCGUCAUCUGAUCUGCGUAAACACUCCCUUAGACGCGCGAGUUGGUCUUUUAUGCGUAAUUUCAAUAGAAAUCGCCAUCGCCCAGUGAAAACCAGCGAUGAUUACUUCAUCGGUCAUGCAUGCCGCUCAUAUGAAUACGAAAAGAUGGGGAAUGCUGGCGAUUUGAACUCUUAUAGCAGUGGUAGCGAGGAUGGCUUGCUGCAUUAUGUAGAAAUGAAUGAUCAUGAGCCAGAUACGAAAGAGGCUGGGUGCCAAAAAACUCGAGUUAAAUUCUCUCCAAUUGGUAGCGAGUUUGUCGGGGAACCCCUUUGCUCGACCUCAAGAGCGAUUCAUCGGCAUACGUUUGAAUCUGAAAAUGAAUCUUUUAAAGAAAUGCAUAGUGCACUGGCAAAUCAGCUUAAAUCAAGACCAUGUCACUACAGUAAACCCUUUAUUCAGCACUCAGAAGCCCAUGAACCGGUUAAACCAGCUUGUAGUCCUAUUGAAGAGACGCAGAGGAGCAAAGCUUCUGAUGAUCAUACUCCUCAGUAUGUCUAUGAUCAUUCUGUAGCUGUGAUGAUAUUAGAGCUUGAGUAUUAUUCCGGUAUAUGA